CCGAAAGAAGAAGAACCAGGCGUCAAAACAAAACAGGUCGAUGCAAGCACAGCACACAAUUCUUUCAUCGAAACGAUCAUAUUCUUCAACCACAACACAGCAACAAACAGUAACUUACCAGACAACAUAACCACAGCCACACCAUGAACUCUGCAGCACCCCGUCUCCGUCCUCUCAUGACCCGCGCCAUGGCAAGACCAGGUAUUGCCAACAUGGCUCCCAGAACGUUCGCUUCGUUUCCCACCAAUUUUCCUGACACGACAACAACAACCACCAUGACACCACUACCCAUUCAAUUACACGCCACGGCAGAUUCUUCCAUUAUGAACCGAUCGGCAUUGACCGACGCCGUAACAAAAGCAGUGUCGUCGAUUGGUGGUGUAUUAGCUCAAACCAAGACGGAUGAUCCAUCGGAAACCAAAUUUGUCAUGGAAAAUGUCGGUUCCGAACAAUUGGCCGUCUUGCACAGUCUACUGGAAUUUUCGUCGCUGAAUUGGACUCAAUCCACACAACGGUUCUUGGAGAACUGUUAUUUUGCACUAGUGGGAAGUAGCGACAGCCUAGAGACCACCACCACCACAACAGCAGUUCUGCAACUCAACUGGAGCUGAGCUGAGCUAGCUGAGCACACCUUGUGGUCUGCGCCAGUCCAGUCUACUAGAUAGCUAUAAAAUACAAAAUAUACUAUAGAAGUCAUACAAUUCCAUGCUUUGU